AUGGCGUUUGGAACCUCCCGCAACAACAACGGCGCCGCAGCGGCUGAUGGCGCCUCUCCCGCACGAUCACAGAACACCGGCGACAUGCUGACUCCAGACGACGGAGGACUGUCGAAAGCCCAGAUCAAGAGAGCGACAAAGACCCGGAAAACCUUCGCCCUGUUAUCCGCCUUCUUCCUCUUCAUAUCCGUCAUCUUCCUCGUCCUUGUCGAGAUCGGCAACACCUACAAUCGGCCGGUCCUCAGGGACAUCUACUUCAUCAAGCUAGACCUAAGCCAUGUUGUUCCCUCCAGUGUGCCAAAUGCGCCCCUACUCAACACUAUCGCCCGGACACUGGGCCUGCAUGAUUAUUACUCUGUAGGACUAUGGGGGGUAUGUCAGGGAUACGACAACGAGGGUAUUACGAGCUGUUCGAAGCCGAAGACGCUCUAUUGGUUUAACCCUGUAGAGAUCAUCGUGAAUUCGUUGCUUGCGGGAGCAACCAUCGCUCUACCUGCGGAUAUCAACGACAUCCUUGAUCUCAUCCAGAUGGUCUCACAAACCAUGUUUGGUCUGUUCCUGACCGGCAUCUGCCUAGCCUUCGUGGUGCUCUUCCUCGCGCCGUGUUCGGUCUACUCCCGCUUGGCUGCCAUCCCUAUCGCGAUCUUGACGACGCUCGCCGCACUCUGCAUCACGGUCGGUUCCGCAGUGGCAACCGCAAUGUUCGUCAUAUUCCGCAACACCAUCAGCGGCGUGCAGGAACUUAGGAUAGCCGCGUACCUUGGAACGGAAAUGUUUGUAUUUAUGUGGAUUGCUAGCGCAUUCGCCCUCCUUGCAAUGAUCAUACAGCUUGGAGAGUGUUGUUGCUGCACGAGCAGGCGAGACCUCAAGACAGGAAGGAAGAAGGCAUACACAGAGAAAUAG